CCUAUGCUCUGGGUGAAGUGCAACAGCGACGCCAUCUUGAGGAGAUACCGAACGCAGCGUUGGUUGGCGUUGACUGACAACAAUCUCGGGCACAUCAUGAUGGGAUUACUCACUUCUAAGCAAAACGGCAUCACACUAGUCUAGGGUUGCAGACGUUAAAGGGAAAGGAGAGGAGCUGUUCGGCAAGCACUCACUACUUCGGGUGUUUUUUUUUUGUGUGUGAGAGAGACUGCUAUAGCCUGAUGGCCGGCUAGCUGCUUUCCGGACGCCACCGCGGCCUGCUCGGGAGGAGGAAGGGUGGUGACGGCGCAAAAUGCUAUACCGCUGACUCCCAGCAAGACAGUUAUCCUACCCUGACGCUCACUGCGAGUUGGACGACAAGCACGAUGCACUUAUAGGUUUUUUUUUUUUUUUAGAGCGCUCUUAUAUUUCCAGUUUUUAGUUGUAUGUUGAACUACAGUAACUGUUAAGCGCCGUCUUGCGUACCCUGAAUUUCCAGCCUGAAACAUGGCAUCUAAUGUUAACUCCACCAGUGCAGCGCCCGUCAGCGCCAGCAAAACCAAGACGAAAAAGAAGCAUUUUAUAGGACAGAAAGUGAAACUAUUCCGUGCAAGCGAGCCCAUUCUCAGCGUUUUAAUGUGGGGUGUCAACCAUACGAUUAACGAGCUAAGUAAUGUGCCUGUACCAGUAAUGCUGAUGCCAGAUGACUUUAAAGCCUACAGUAAGAUCAAAGUGGACAACCACCUAUUUAACAAAGAAAACCUACCUAGUCGCUUUAAGUUCAAAGAGUACUGUCCCAUGGUGUUCAGGAACCUGAGGGAGAGAUUCUGCAUUGAUGACCAGGAUUACCAGAACUCUCUGACCAGGAGUGCCCCACUCAAUAGCGACUCGCAGGGUCGCUUCGGCAACCGCUUCUUGUCCAGCUAUGACCACCGCUUUGUAAUCAAAACCGUGUCCAGUGAGGACAUCGCUGAAAUGCACAACAUCCUAAAGAAAUACCACCAGUUUAUAGUGGAGUGUCAUGGCAACACGCUGCUCCCUCAGUUCCUGGGCAUGUACAGGCUAACAGUGGACGGGGUGGAGACCUACAUGGUGGUGACCCGCAAUGUAUUCAGCCAUCGCCUGACUGUACACCGCAAAUAUGACCUGAAGGGUUCGACAGUCUCCAGGGAAGCCAGUGACAAGGAAAAGGCUAAAGAACUUCCCACAUUUAAAGACAAUGACUUCUUAAAUGAAGGCCACAAGCUGCAGAUAGGAGAUGACAACAAGAAGUUCUUUUUGGAAAAGCUAAAACGGGACGUAGAGUUCCUGGCCACCCUGAAGAUCAUGGACUACAGUCUUCUGGUGGGUAUCCAUGACGUGGAGCGGGCAGAGCAGGAAGAGAUGGACGUGGAGGGUGCAGGAGAGGAAGAGGAGUACGAGAAUGAUGGAGUGGGUGGAGGCACGCUCACCGGCUCCUUCGGCACUCCGCCUGACAGCCCCGGAAACCCUCUUAACUGUGGAGGAUUCUUUGGCCCUGGGGAGUUUGACCCCUCUGUGGACGUUUACGCAAUCAAGAGCCAUGACAGUGUGGCGAAGAAGGAGAUAUACUUCAUGGCUAUCAUCGACAUCCUCACGCACUAUGACGCAAAGAAAAAAGCUGCACAUGCUGCCAAAACUGUGAAGCAUGGGGCGGGGGCUGAGAUCUCAACAGUGAACCCAGAGCAGUACUCCAAACGAUUCUACGAGUUCAUGUCCAACAUAUUAUCAUAGACUCAUCUCCCCUCGUCCAUUUCCCAGUCCAGUGACGCACUUAUUUCCCUUCUCCCUCGUCUCUUAGUGUAUGUCCAUUUCCCCCCUCCUUCAAAAUAAAAAAAAUUAAUAAAAAAAAA